AUGUCGUCCAAGUGUGUGCAUAAAGGGUGUGGGAAGCAGUUCACUGACCCCGAAGAGCCCUGCGUCUAUCAUCCUGGGCCGCCGGUGUUCCACGAGGGGCAAAAAGGCUGGAAAUGUUGCAAACCCCGCGUCCUCACCUUCGACGAAUUCCUUGACAUCCCGCCUUGCACCACGGGCAAACACUCUACGGUGGAUGAUACCCCGGUAGAGCCUGUAAAAGAGCCUGCAGCUGCAGCUCCGGAGCUGUCCGGAGCAGUUCCAACUGCAGUGCCAGUUCCUGCCCCGCCGAGACCGGUACAUUCGCCCGCUAUUCCCCCGCCGUCGAGUGCGCCGUCCCCCGCCCCCGAGGAGGAUCUCUCAGAUGAUCCAUCUCUGGAUAUCCCGGCCAAUGCUACGUGCAGGCGGAAAGGGUGCAAUGCAAGCUACGAUGCGUCUAAGCCGCGGGAGGAGGAGAAAUGUGUCUAUCACCCGGGUCAUCCAAUCUUCCACGAGGGCAGCAAGGGGUGGUCUUGCUGCAAGAAGCGGGUGCUGGAGUUUGAUGAGUUCCUCAAGAUUCAAGGAUGCAAAGAAAAAACGAAGCAUUUGUUUGUGGGACAGGGAAAGCCUGCGGGCGAGGAGAAGGUGGACUCGAUCAGGAAUGAUUUCUACCAAACGACGUCCUCGGUCAAUGUCUCUCUGUACUUGAAGAAGAUUGACAAGUCGAAAGCCAAAGUCGAGUUCUCUUCCACAUCUAUUGACCUGGAUCUGCCCACCACCGAUAACAAGCGGUUCACCGAUACCUAUCAGCUGUUCGCGCCGAUCGACCCGGCUAAGUCCCAAUUCCGCGUGCUGGGCACAAAGCUGGAGCUGACCCUGGCCAAAGCCGAUGGAACCAGCUGGCCGGUGCUGCGCAGCAACGAUAGAUGGACAGGAGAGCGGAUUCAAGUCGGAAGCGCAGGGAGGGCUUAA